AUCAGAGAAGCCCAACUGGGAUUACCACGCAGAGAUACAAGCUUUCAGCCGCCGGCUACAUGAAAAUUUUUCUUUGAAUCUUCUCAAGACUGCAUUUGUUAAUUCUUGUUAUAUUGAAAGUGAAGAGACCAGGCGCCGAGAACUUGGGCUAGACAAAGAAACAGUUGCUCUUAAUCUACAAGAUAAUAGUAAGCUUGCUGAGCAAGGGAUGUCCUUUUCACGUUCCUUCCUGACGCAGUGUUUUGAAGGUGCCUACCCAGAUUUACCUGCAAAGGGGAUAGGAGCGCUUGUUGAUUUUCUUACCAGUCAGGAACUUGUUUCUUAUGUGGCUCAGAACCUGUCUGUACAAGACCUGACACUUUGCAAAGACUUUCCUGUCCCGCCAGAUGUGCUACAGAGGACGUUCUUUGCUGUGAUAGGAGCCUUGCUCGAUAGCAGCGGGCCCGAGAAAACAGGGAUCUUUGUCAGGGAUUUUUUUAUUCCCCAGCUGAUUGGAAAAGACCUGUUUGAGAUCUGGGAAGUUGUAAAUCCUAUGGGCUUACUAGUGGAAGAACUGACUAAGAGGAAUAUCUCUUCUCCAGAACCAAGAAUUACCAGGCAGCUGGGAGUCAGCACGGUUCUGCCACUCUACUUUGUUGGAUUGUACUGCGAUAAGAAGAUCAUAGCUGAAGGUCCUGGUGAAACGCUGCUUGCUGCAGAGGAAGAAGCCGCUCGCGUGGCACUGCGGAAGCUCUAUGGGUAUACAGAGAACAGGAGACCUUGGGAUUACUCGAAACCCAAGCAAGGCUUGGCAGCUGAAAAGGCUAUCAGCAGUAACUAGAUUGUAAAAGCCAUUUCUGGUUUCUCUCAAGAAUUAAUGGCUUCCACACUGACUAUAGAUGCAUUUAAGAAAGCAAAAUUCAGUUUGGUUUUCUGAUCUGAAGUGCUUGAAAUUUUCAAAUCAAAUACGGU